AAGUACUUGUAUUCCAUGAUAUGUUGGACUUCACUUUUUUCCGGGAUUUAUGCUUUGAUGUCCGUGAUAUUCCUCAAUACGCCUGAUCACAGAUGUAAAAUUCCUGGUCUUGAGAAUGACACAUACGAUAUACACAGUACGUAUCAGCAAAAACUUGUCAACAACUACAUACCUCCCCCAUCGGGUGAUGACACACACGACUACGAUCAGUGCCAUCUGUACUCGUUUGAUUACAAUGAUGUCAAGUUCGACAACUCCAGCAGACCAAUCAAUGCUUCAAUUGUUGAAUGUAGUGAGUGGGUGUACAGUGACUCCGUAUUUAAGGAAACAUUUACCUCGAAGUUCAACAUAGUAUGUGGUGAAAAACAUCUAACGUCGCUGAUCAAGUCGCUCUUCUUCGCUGGGAAGCUCGUCGGCGCCAUUGUUUUCGGCAAUCUCUCAGAUGCACUUGGAAGGAGACUUACGUUUAAUACUUCGCUGAUGAUGAUGGUUGCCCUGACGUUCGGAAUGUCUUGGUCCUCCUCCUAUUUGGUAUACGCUAUCAUCAUGACGGCCAUUGGUGCUACUACACAAGGAGUAUUCCCCGUUGGAUUUGUCCUCGGUGUUGAGUUAGUUGGCCCAUCCAAGAGAAAGUAUGCUGGAAUAGUUAUAGAAUAUUUCUUUUCGCUGGGUUUGAUGUUUCUGGCUGGUAUCAGCUACUUCGCCAGACAUUGGUACUACAUCAACAUUAUAUGUUCAGCCCCAGCUAUCCUCUUUGUUUUUUACUGGUGGUUGAUUCCCGAAUCACCACGAUGGUUGAUAAGUAAACAAAGAUACGAGGAGGCCAACACAAUUCUCCAGAAGGCAGCAAAGGUCAAUAAAGUUGUAAUCGAAAAGAAUCUCUUCGAGAAGGAAAUUGAGAGUUCGACGCCCGAACCGACCGGAAGGGUGUGGCAGCUGUUCUCCACACGGGUCAUGUUACUGCGGACACUCGUCAUACUAUUUAACUGUUCUCCUUACAGGUGUAUCGUGAGCAUGAUUUACUACGGACUGUCUCUUAAUGCUGGGAACUUGGGAGGAAACUUUUACCUGAACAUGUUUUUAUCAGGAUUGGUUGAAGUUCCGGCAAAUACCAUGGUCCUUCUUUUUAUCGAUCGGGUUGGCCGAAAGAAAAUGUACUGUCUGAGUAUGAUACUCGGAGGGUGUGCAUGUGCGUCGACUAUAUUUCCGAUUUUAUAUGGUGAAAUAGAAAAUCAGUCUAUCAUCACAGCGCUUGCCAUGAUUGGUAAGUUUGGGGCGACUGCCUCAUUCAACACGAUCUACUUUUAUUCGGCUGAGUUAUAUCCUACUGUUGUAAGAAAUGCAGGAAUGGGUGCGAGUUCCUGUGCAGCGAGAAUCGGAGGAAUUGUGGCACCAUACAUAGCAGACUCAUCAGCGUUGAUAGGCGGCAUGGUGGGCAAAGUAUUCCCGUUGGGAGUGUUCGGAUUGGUCUCUAUAAUCGCUGGAUUGUCGUCCUUGUAUUUACCGGAAACGUUAAACAGAAAAUUACCGGAAACUAUCGAAGACGGAAAACAGUUUGGAAAGUCUGCCACCCUCUCUCACGAGAAAUAUGAAAUCAAGGAAAACCUGGAAGACAAGCCGCCAGCUUAUGACAACAAUGGCUAUAUCCUAGAUAAGGAAAUGACCAAACUUUGACAGUUCGCGUUAAUAUCUUCCGUCAGACUUACUGAUAAGAGUGAAUGUAACACUAUGGUUAAAAUCAUAUAUUCGGAUGUGUUUUAUUUACUUUUGAAGGGUACUGGUUCGAUAUUUCGUGACUAACAAUAUUAAACCUUGAAUUUCGUUACAAUGACUGGAAUCUUGCUGAUAUUCUAGUAAAAUAGGUUAAAUGCAAGUAAGAUACAUAGUCUAAGAUACAAAAUAAAAAAAAAUAAAUAAAAAACAACCUUGGUAGUAUUAGAUAUAGAAAAGUUAAC